UUUUUUUUUUUUGUCUCAACAUCCUAAAUACAAACACAUUUCAUCUCAAACAAGUGAAGCAAAAACAAGAUGACAAUGGCACAUCAGUCCACGCAGCAGUGGGAGGCUGAAAUCCUUGGUCAAUUUGCCAUCCGUGACAAACAUGAGAAGGCAUUCACCAACAUGGUCGAAUCCUACAACGAGCUUGUGCAGAAACUGACUUUCUUUGUUGAGCAGAACAAACAUUUAGAGACUUCUGCGCAAAGCUCUAAAGAACAACAUGAUAAAAUGGCUCGCCAAGUCACUGUUCUACGAGAACAAGGGAGUCCGAUAAAUCAGAAGCGAUGCGCGGAGCUUGAGGCGCAAGUGGCGAGCUUAAAAGACGAACGAGCUGAGCUUUACAAAACCCAGGGAACGAACGCCCAGCGACUGGUUGAUCUAAAUGAUAUUUUGCGGAACAAGGAUACAACACUUACGCAAAAUAAAGAAGAAAUCCGACGGUUGACGGAAUCGAACCAUAUCUUGGCACACAAAAAUCAGGAACUGCUGGACCUAGUAAAUGAAAAGAACGUUACGAUUCAAGUGAUUCAGGAUGAACUCACGACCUUACAGUUGGAAAUGGGCAAGUUGGAUGAACGACAACGCGAUCUUGAGCGAGAGAAUGCACAGUUAUUGCAGCGCUGGCUCAAAAUGAAGAACGAGGAAGCUGAUAGAAUGAAUGCACAAAAUAUGUUUGUGGAAAAUGAAAAGCAAGAGGCUGCAUCUCUUUCACCACCAGUACAAUCUCCUCCGAGCACGCGUUCACUACGAAGCAUGGGGCCUGACUCACCCACACAAUCCAACUGGAGAGGGCAAUCUUCCAUUUUUUCGAGUAUACCCCAAAUUUCAUCAAGAAAGAUUACAAGCCAUGAUUCGGAAGUUAAUACUAUCUCCAUGUCCACGAGUGGAAGCGUUUUUGCAACAGGUUCCAACGAUAAAAAGAUCAAGAUUUGGGAUGUGAAGACGGGUGCACUUAAGUCGACCUUAACAGGCUGUCUCCAGGCAGUGAUGUGUGUAUCUUUCAAUGCAACGGAUGAUUUACUUCUAGGUGCAUCUAAUGAUAAUGCUGCACGACUGUGGCAUCUUGGCACAGGCCGACCAAGGCAUACGUUGACUGGCCAUAUCGGCAAAGUUUUUUCUGCUCGGUUCAAUCCAGACUCGAGUAAAGUUGUGUCAGGAAGUCACGACAGGACCAUCAAAGUUUGGGACCUUCAAAAAGGAUACUGCAUACGUACAAUGUUCACAUUUGCAAGUGUAAACGAUGUUUGCCUACUAGAUUUUGAUGGAGCAACAAUUGCUAGUGGUCAUUUGGACAACAACUUACGUGUUUGGGACUCACGGUCCGGAAACUGCGUGAAAGAGGUAACAGGCAUUCAUUUGGGCCAAAUCACAUCAGUCUGCCCUUCAUCAGACGGUACACAAAUUUUGACCAAUUCACGAGAUAAUACGCUCAGGAUUUUGGAUGUAAGAACAUAUGAAACGUUGUCAGUAUUGCAUGCGGAUGGCUACAAGACCGGAACAAAUUGGUCCAAAGCCUGCUUCAGCCCUGAUGGUCAAUACGUGGUCUCAGGAUCUGCUGAUGGAACCAUCUUCUAUUGGUCGACGCGUGACGGUUUAGUGGAGAAGACGGCCAAGGAUCAAACGGGGCCUAUUGUUGGUGUCUCAUGGGUCAACAGCACGGUAGUGAGUGCAGAGAAGGAUAAGACGGUGGUCAUCUGGGGAACGACAGCUCGCCGUCCAACUGUCUAUGAAAAAUAAUCUAGCAUGUAAAAACCAAGAUUGGAAGUGUUUUAUAAUGGCAAUAAAUUAUAACUAAAUC